CCCUAAAUUUUUGUUCAUUUAUUUUGAACCGUCUUUCCUCUUUCUUCUAUCAUCUUCCUCCUACCAUCGUCCCUCUUCUCUCUCUCGUCUCCGUAAAUCAGUUUUGUUUUUCUUCUCUUCUCAUCUCAGUUUGCAUUCACCGCCGUGUCUGCUGGUUUAUGCUGGAUCUGACCCGUAUCCCGUGUCGAAUCGUGUCGACACAGGUACUGCACCCCAGAUUGCCGAGUCCUGGUAACGAAGAAAUCAUUGAGGAUGAAGAGAAAAGCAGGGGAUUUAAAGUCGAAAAAGGGGAACAAAAUAAAGAAUUCACGAAUGCAGCUUGUUAAAGAAAAUGAUAUUGUGCAACGAGUUAGUGAAUUGAAGUCUGAGGAAGAUCAUGAUGCUAAUGAAUCUAAGAUAGCUAAAGCGAAGAAGGAUUUGAAAAGAACAUCGAAAACCAAGUUCGAGGAGUAUCUUGAAAUGGAGAUGCCAAAUUCGGACAUGCUUGCACAAGAGGACUUGGAAUUGGAGAAGAAACUUGCUAAGAAACUCAAGGUGAAGGGCGGUAAAUUAAGGGGAGAUGAUGAUGGACUUAAUAUUUUAUUUGAAGGAUUUUCUGAUGAGGAAGCUGUGAACCAUUCUUUAAGUAAGAAACGAAAAAAGAAAAAGUCAGUGCAGCAGGCUAUCAAAGAUGAUAUUGGAGAUGACUCAACUAUUGAAGCUUCCGAAGGGGAGGAGUAUUCAGAGACAACAGUGGUAGAAAUUCCUGUGAAGGCACCUUCACAAAAGAGGCGUAAGAAGAGGAAGUCUUUGCUGCAAGGACAAGAAAGUGACAUGGUGGGUGAAACUGCCCUUUCUGUUACCCCGCAUUCUGAGUGCCACAAUGCAGAGGUAGCGUCAGGUCAAAUUUCAACUAAGGCUCUUGGAAUGGAGAGCAGCGGGAAAUAUGUUGCUCCUCACUUGAGAUCCCAGACAAAGAAUGAAUCAGAGGAGCAGACUCGAAUGCGCAGACGUGUACGAGGUCUUCUUAAUAGGCUUUCUGAAUCUAACGUGGAAUCAAUUACAGGAGAAAUGGCCACAAUUUUUCGUUCUGUUAGUCGCAGUGUUAGCUCCCAGAUUAUCAGUGAGGAGGUCUUGGCAUCUUGUUAUAAUGGUCCACGUGGCAAUGAACAGCAUGCUGCAGUUUUUGCAGCUUUCAUUGCUGGCAUGGCUUCUUUAGUUGGCGUGGAUUUCAGCGCAAAACUUAUGGCUUUACUUGCCAAGAUUUUUGAGGAAGAGUAUCUCAAAGAAGACAAUCUUUCGUUGAGAAAUCUCACUCUUUUGCUAUCUUAUCUCUGCAUUUUUGGAGUUUGCUCAUGUGACUUAAUAUACGAUUUUCUGAUCAUGUUGAGCAAGCGGUUGACAGAGAUUGAUGUUUCUACCAUCCUGACAGUUUUGCAAUGCUGUGGGAUGAAAAUAAGGGGUGAUGAUCCAGUUGCCAUGAAAAACUUUAUUCUUUGUGUUCAAAAUAGGGUGAAUGAGUUAAAGGCUUUGUCCGGAGGUGGCGAGGCUAAAAUAAACGGCAAGAGAAUGGAAUUCAUGCUUGAAACGAUAUGUGAUAUAAAAAAUAACAAGAAAAAGCCCAAGGAGGAUACGGUGCAACACACUCGGAUAAAGAAAUGGCUACAGAAGUUAAGGGUUGAGGAUAUUUUAAUUAGAGGGCUUAAAUGGAGCAAGCUGCUUGAUCCUGACAAAAAGGGCCAAUGGUGGUUACCCGGGGAUAUUGCCUCUGCUACAGAUAAUGUCGAAGAGGUUGCCAACAGCAUUGACAAAGAGGCUCUUGAAGCUCAGAAAAUGCUGGAGCUUGCUGCUGCACAGAGGAUGAAUACAGAUGCUCGGAGGGCAAUCUUUUGUGUAAUAAUGAGUGGGGAAGACUACAUCGAUGCAUUUGAAAAGCUUUUACGGUUGGAUUUGCCUGGAAAGCAGGACCGAGAUAUUAUGCGGGUUCUCGUGGAAUGUUGCUUGCAAGAGAAGGUUUUUAACAAGUACUACACUGUUCUCGCUGCUAAGUUGUGUGAGCAUGAAAAAAACCACAAGUUUACCUUACAGUAUUGUCUCUGGGAUCACUUCAAAGAGUUGGAUUCAAUGCCACUUUUAAGGUCGAUGCACCUAGCGAAAUUCAUGGCUGAAAUGGUUGCGUCUUUUACUCUUUCCCUUGCCGUGUUGAAAACAGUGGAGUGGAGUGAUCCCCAGAUGCUAAGCCCAAAAAAGAUCAUGCAUUUCCGAAUGCUUUUCGAGGCCAUAUUUGAGUAUCCUGAUAAGGUUAUAUGGAACAUGUUCACCCGUAUAGCUGUAACCCCCGAGCUUGAAACUCUUCGACAAGGUAUGGAGUUCUUCAUCAAGGAGUAUGUCGUGAAAACUAACAAGAAAGUAAAUGAUAAAUUUAAGCUUGCAAAGAAAGCCCUUAAUAACACCGAGGGAGUUUUAAUGUGAGCAUUGAUUUUUGAGUUUUAGUUUUGAAUCGCAAUGUCCAAGUUUUUAGAGAAAAAUUUGACCAGAUUUUGCAGGGUUUAGGGGAACUCAGCAUUUGGAUGAGGUGUAUAAUCUUUAUUUUUUUCCCUACCAUUUUAACAAUUUAUGAAAAACUUGCCUUGUGUUCUACUUGUAAUUCAAAAUGUAUAAAAAUCAAUUAAAGCA